AUGAACAAGUCUGAUGUCGAAAAAGCGUGGACAGAAAUUAAAGAAAAAGUUGGAUCCACACCAUCAAUAGUGUUUUCCGUCAUUGGAGAUUCUGACAGUUUUGUUCCCGUUCCGUGGGCAAAAUCAGUGUUCCAAACAGCACUGAUUGAGGCGGCUAAAAAUGGAGGGGAUACAUGGAUACUUUAUCGUGGAUUUAACUAUGGCGUAUCUUCCAUUGUACGCAGUGCAUAUCAAAAGUACGGGGACAUGGAAUUUCGUGCGAAAAGUCGUAAGGUUCUCAUAAACGAUACAAAAAGACACGUGAAACUAAUAGGUAUUGCUGGAAAAACUGCAUCUUCUAAAGCCCCGCAAGUGACAAAUCAGGAAAGUCAAAAUGGGAAUAUAAUUGUAGAAGACUUAGGAGAUAAGAUUCCCAAUAUCAAUGACAAAAAGGAGCCAUAUGAUUUUCACGAACAUUGGAUAAGACAAAAACAACUAAAGACCACCAGUGAAUCAACAGAGGCGAAAUGCAGCAUUGAACCCAGGGACAAGAUUGCCUUCUUACAAGGCUUCCAGGAAUACGUGUCAAAGAAAGAAGUUCCUUUUCUUAGUCAAACGAUAGACAUAAAAUUGCCAAUCCCAAUUGUCGUAAUAUCAUGUGAGGGUGAUAUAGAUACAAUUGAACACAUCUCUGAAACUUUGAAAAGAAAGAUCCCGGUCAUAUUAAUCAAGGGAUCGGGAAGAGCGACGGAUCUCAUUUUGGACUUCUUGGAAAAGAAAGACGAUUUUAGAAAGAACGCAAGAGUUCUUUUCGGACUUCGAUUUGAUGAGAAUAUUAACCGAAGAGUGAGGAAGGAUCUAGACGAGAUAAUCCAGGCAUCUGAUUUGAUAAGUGUCUUUGAUGUUAACAGUGAUGACCCAUUGAUGCUCUCGAACAUAAUUGGUAAAGCAAUAAUCAACUGCUGGGCUAUGGAAAACAUUUUAAGAAAUAAAAAUACAGAAGCCAAAAUGAAAAGUGAGCAAGAGAUGCAUAAGCGAUACCGAGACCCAAUAGCGUAUGUGUCCGACCCUAAGUACUCCUCCCCGACGUCUUUACCAUUGUUCUUCUACUUUGAGUACCAGUUUCUUCAGGAGCAAGGACAGUUAAAAGAACAUGGUCACAAACUGCUUUUGGAAGCAUUAAUUACCAAUAGAUGUGACUACGUACGAAUAUUACUUGACCAAGGAGUGCCCUUUGAAUUCUUAAAUUUAGCAGAAUUAUACGAACAGACUAAAGCUGAUGCCAGCUUACAGUGGAUUCUCCAGCAAGCAGACUCUGAUGACGCCCAGAAUGUUUGGGAGUACAUAAGUCAAAACGAAGAGACACAAAAACAGUUCGCUCUAUUCGCAAUACGAUUAUUUCGGAAAUUCAUGGGUUACCCAGAACUGGAAGACAAGGACGACACUGCAGGAACGGAAGAAAUGGGAAGUGAAGAGUCAUAUAACGUGAAAUCCUCUGAUAUCUUGCUCUGGUCGGUUUUCGCAAAUCGGAAGGAAAUCGCUGAAAUUUGUUGGCUUCGAACACAGAAUCACUUAUUUAUAGGUUUAGCUUGUGCUGGAGUGCUGAAAAAAAUGUCUGCAAAGGCAAAAAGACUGAAAAAUGAAAAUCUUUUGAAGGACUUUGCUGAUCAUUCCAAGAUAUUUAGAGACAAGUGUCUGGCAAUGAUGGAUUUUAUGUUUGACGAAGAUGAAGAAAACGCUGUAAAUCUGAUGGAGGAAGACGUGAGUGUGUGGGGUAUAAAAACCAGUCCUCUGGAUUUUGCAAAUGAAAACUUCAUUUAUGAUAUUGUGGCACACAACUGCUCUUAUAUUAGCAUGAACAAAAAGUGGUACAAUAACCUGGGUCCCGACAAGUGGACAAUAUUGAAGUCUGCCUUUCGAAAACCAGCACAGUUUUUCAGCGCUCCUGUUACAAAAUACACAAUAAAUUACCUGAUCUUCUUCGUCACAAUACUGAUGUACAGUGCCUUCGUACUGACCAGUCUGGGAAACGAAUACUACUCACAAGGCGCAAUUAAAGGAUUUGAGUAUUUUGUCUACAUUUGGGGAGCCGGAGACCUACUGGAAGAACUUAUAAUCUGCUUUGGCUGUCAGGAAACAAGAGAUCGGUCACACAAGAGAUAUUAUUCCAGGCUAAAGAGGCACCUGUAUGACUCCUGGAAUUUGGUGGAUAUCUUUUCGUAUGCCUUAAUGUUCACAGCGUUGUUACUGCGCCAUUACUAUUCAGCCACUGACUUCACUAUAGCCAGGAGAGUGUUUUCUCUGUCUCUCCUAGUUCUGUACCUGAGAUUCCUAGAAUUUUUUAGGGUGUACAGAAUUAUGGGACCGUUUCUGAUAAUGAUAAAAGAAAUGUUGAUAGAUCUUACCCGUUUCCUUGCCCUCGCUGUGUUUGUUGUACUAGGAGUAGGAGUAUACUAUCACGCUGUCCUGUGGCCAGAUCACACAACUUUAUGGAAUGGAAAUUGGGUCGACUGGAGAAUUUGGAAGAUAAUUUAUUAUCCCUACUGGCAGUUACAAGGGGAGUCUAACAAUAAAUACUUGGAAGGAGGUAUUCUAACAAGCUGUACUAACGUGACGAGCGUCUGGAAGGCGGACCCCUCCAUUGAUCGCUGUCCUGAGAAGGACUGGACUGUGUCAGCCAUAGCCGCCAUCUACAUUCUGUUCUCAAACCUGGUCUUAGUGAAUUUGGUUAUUGCCAUGUUUAGUAAUACCUUCACAAGAGUUCUAGAAAAUUCUGAAACCUACUGGAGGUUUAACACAUGCACUGUUAUUAACGACUAUGUAUGGAGAAUUCCAUCUCCCAUCAAUCUUCUUCUACCACAUCGAUUCUGUUGCUGUUUUAAACGAAACAGGGGAUGUAGAGAAAAAAUUAGAGGAUGUUUUAACAAGGUACAGGAACUGGAGUUUGCGAAAGAACAAAGGAUUUAUCGAAUUCAUCUCCAGCGGAACACUGCUUUUGAGAUAUUCAAUAAAAUUUAAUAGAGGAAAUGGAUUGCUUUACCAUUUAUUUUAGGACAUUAUAUAACAAAAUUGAUUCAAAGGUUUCAUAUAAUAAAAAUUAAGACUUGUCUUCAAAUGUUCUAAAAUUUUAAAUUUAU